CACGAUAGGGUUACUGUACUACUGGUUUUUCUUGUAUUUUAGAAAGGUCUUUCUUGUAUUUCCGUCAUGCCUUUAUAUUGCGAAGCUGUUGGAUGUACGAAUAACUCAUGAAUGAAAAAUAAACAAAGAUUUUUUAGGUUUCCCAACAACAAUGCCGUAUUGAGACAGAAAUGGAUUGCUGCAUGCAGACGAAAAAAUGCUGAUGGCUCGAGGUGGAACCCGACAGGCAGGAACGUUUAUUUGUGCACCAAAUAUUUUAUUACCGAUAAAGCAAUGAAACGACUGGUUGAGCAAGAUCACCCAGAUAGUGUCCCAAGUAUUUUUAAGUUCAACCCAACAAAUGAAGAGAUUUACAGACAUAAAAUAGCAAGAUACAAUUCUGCUAAAGAAAGAGAACAGGCAAAGGUUAAACGAACUAAGGAAAAAAAUUGGCAGUUAAAGAGAACAAGAAGAAAAAACAGCAAAAACUUGGGUUGGAUAUGAAUGUGCCUUGUGAAGCAGUGCUAUCUACUAGCAACAUAGCUACAAGAGGCAUCAGGAGGCAG